AUGUGGAAAAUGAUCAUCGGCCAAGCUAUUUACCAACUCGCCGUCACCCUUAUCCUCCACUUUGCCGGUCCUGAGAUUCUUGGCUACGAUCGGCAAGACGAGACUCAGAUGCUCGAGCUCGACACUAUUAUCUUCAAUACCUUUGUCUGGAUGCAAAUCUUCAACGAGUUCAACAACCGUCGCCUGGAUAACAAGUUCAACAUCUUCGAGGGCAUUCACCGCAACCAGUUCUUCAUCUUCAUCAACUGUCUGAUGAUCGGUCUCCAGGUGGCAAUUAUCUUCGUCGGCUUGCGGGCGUUCGAAAUUAAGCCUGGGGGCCUCAAUGGCGACCAGUGGGCCAUCUCAUUGGUUACUGCCUCAAUGUGUCUGCCCUGGGCUAUCGUCGUCCGCCUCUUUCCCGAC